GGGGGUCCAGCGCUUGCUGAUGACGGCACGUGUCCAUACCGGAAGUAUUCCACUAGUCACAUGUGAACCCAGAGAUGGAAGGCUUCGCUAAGUUGGGGUUGUCGUCAUGGCUUAUAGAACAGUGCAGACAGGUUGGGAUCUGCAAACCCAACGCGGUCCAGGAGAAUUGUAUACCGCCCACCCUAGAAGGUCGGGACUGCAUGGGUUGUGCCAAAACUGGUAGUGGUAAGACUGCUGCUUUUGUGUUGCCUAUACUGCAAAAACUCUCUGAAGAUCCUUUUGGAAUAUUUUGCCUGGUGCUAACACCAACAAGAGAAUUGGCUUAUCAGAUUGCAGAACAGUUUCGAGUUCUAGGCAAGCCACUAGGUUUGAAGGACUGUAUCAUUGUUGGAGGAAUGGAUAUGAUUGCUCAAGCCCUGGAGCUAGCCAGAAAGCCCCAUGUUGUCAUAGCUACUCCGGGUCGCCUAGCUGACCAUAUUCGGAGUUCCAACACAUUCAGCAUCAAGAAGAUUAGAUUCUUGGUUCUAGAUGAGGCAGAUCGUCUGCUGGAGCAAGGUUGUACAGACUUUACUAAAGAUCUGCAAGUCAUUCUUAGCGCCGUUCCUGCCCAGCGACAAACCCUACUGUUCAGUGCCACCUUAACAGACACCUUGCAGGAGCUGAAAUCUGUUGCCAUGAACAAACCAUUCUUCUGGGAAUCCACUUCAGAGGUGCGGACAGUAGAAGAGCUGGACCAAAGAUAUAUUCUGGUGCCUGAGAAGGUGAAAGAUGCGUAUCUGGUUCAUCUGAUCCAGAAAUUUCAGGAUGAGCAUGAGGACUGGUCCAUCAUGAUCUUCACCAACACCUGCAAAAACUGUCAAAUCCUGAAUAUGAUGCUUCGAGAGUUUAAUUUCCCAUGUGUGCCACUGCAUUCUAUGAUGAAGCAGAAACAGAGAUUUGCUGCACUUGCAAAGUUCAAAUCAAGUGUUUUUAAGAUUCUUAUUGCAACAGAUGUGGCUGCCAGGGGCUUGGACAUCCCCACCGUCCAGGUAGUGAUCAACCACAACACCCCAGGCCUUCCAAAGAGCUACAUCCACCGUGUAGGAAGAACAGCAAGAGCAGGUCGCAAAGGCACGGCAAUUACUCUGGUGACACAGUAUGAUAUUCAUCUGGUGCAUGCGAUAGAAGAACAAAUCAAUCAUAAACUGGGAGAGUUUGCUGUAAAAGAAAGGGAGGUAUUACAAAUCCUUACUCAGGUGAAUGUGACCCGAAGAGAAUGUGAAAUUAAACUGGAAUGUGCAGAUUUUGAUGAGAAGAAGGAGAUCAACAAACGAAAGCAGCUCAUUCUGGAAGGAAAGGAUCCUGAUCUGGAAGCAAAAAGAAAAGCAGAGCUUGAAAAGAUUAAGAAGCAAAAAAAGAAAUUCAAGGAGCACAUUCAAGAGUCCAUGCAGAAGAAACAAGAUGCUGUGGUGCGCAGGAAGCUGCAGAAGAAACACUUGAGACAAAAGAAGAAGGCAGCCAAAAUGCAACAGUGACUAAACCAAGAGUAGGCUGCAUCACCCACUUUUGAAUGAAGACCUGACAGGUCCGCAAAGAUGGCUGUAUGAGACAUAUCAGAACCGUAAAAAAUAUGCAUUAUCCUGGGGGAAUGUUCUGCUCUUGGUUGCAAGGAUCUGAACUGAAUUACUGCCACCUGCAGAGCUUGUCAUUGGCCUGGUAGCUUUAUAGACAGAUGUACCUGUUUGUGGCAGGAGGACUGUUUGAUAUUAACCUUGAAGCUCACAGAUAUCUGAUCACAAAUGGAGGUCUAUAUUAUAAUGUCAUUAUUCAAAAUGAUAACUUUGUUUUUGUGUGGG